UGCACAGGUUCUGCUUUAUCUUCCAACUCAUGUACAAACUUUGGUAGCGCACCGGACACAAAUAGAAAUAGGUUUGGAAUAUGGCACUGUGUUACAGAUUGCUGGGAAACAGGCAGUUAUGUGGGAGCUUCGUACGAGGAUUAUAUAGCCAGCCGUGUCGUUGUGUUUCACUGAGAGUAACUCAGUAUGAACCUCCUCCCAGUGAGAGCCACGAUGAGCGAAACGCUAGACUGGGACGGCCGCAGUCACCUCAUCUUACCAUCAUCAAAUACCAGCUGACAACGGUGCUUUCAAUAUCCCAUCGAAUGACGGGACUAGCAUUGAGUGUCUAUAUGACAACGUUGGGCUUAGGUACCCUUGUAUCACCAUAUCACUUCACUGAUUACAUCACUUGGAUACAAGAACUGCACUUGAAUCCAGUACUUAUCGCUGCCACGAAGGCAAUUAUUGCAUUUCCUCUGGCAUAUCACACAUGUAAUGGUGUCCGUCACUUGGUGUGGGAUUUAGGGAAGGCAUUAACAAUAAAAGAAGUCUACUACACAGGAUAUGCUAUGUUAGCUGCAACAUCAAUCAUGACAGCUUGGUUAAUGUCACUGUAAUCUAAAAUACCUCUCUCAUGAAGUGUUUUUGGUGUAGUGUGUUUGAAGACUGUACAACAGUAUUUAUUUAUGAGACCAUAUGUAAAUCAUUAACACUUUUGUGUACAUAACUGCUCCAUGAGUAUUAGUUCAAAUAUUUAAAUACAGAAAUGAAUUCACAUUGUAGUAUUUGGUUGUGUAAAAACUGGCACUGUCCAGAAUAGUAUGUAAUUCAAUAAUAAAAUGUGCAAAAGUCUUUUUCUGCUCACGUGGCUUAGGUGCAUUGCCUUAAUUGUUUGAAUAAUUGCAUUAAAUUGUAAAUGGAUGUAACUGAAAAUACUUUAUGGGUUAUUCUACAUUUAGAAGAGUAUUAUGUGCAGCUUUUUUUUAUGAUGUAAAAACCAAUGUGCCUGACACAGAAAACAUUUAGGACAACUAUGUGAAUUUUGUGGAAUGGUGUGUGAAGCCAGUAAAUCAUUACAUAGAAUUGAAA